UGGCUUAUGUCUACUGCACUUUGUACUCCAAUUUGUACAGGUAAUUUCUUAAGGUAUGACAUUUUUGAAAAACCUGUCUUCACUGCACAUUUUUUUUUAAAUCACUGGCAGAAUGUUUUUUAACCUGAAGAUUGGCAUCAAGGAGCUCAUUUCAAGGUGUCCCAUAUUGAUGUAUUGACAGAAGCUGUAGUGCAAAGACAGAAGGAGUACCACUUGGAUUUUCAUUCUGAGAUGGAGAGCACAUUUUGAAGUCAAAUGUCUAAAAGCAACAGGAUACUAUUUAGUGCACAUUUUUUUACAGGUUAAAAAUAAUUUUUCUUUGUAAUUCCUUUGUCAUUUUUUUAACUCCUUCAAAUGAACUGGAGGCUAAAUAUACGUGGAUUGUAAAGCCAGGAUGGACAUUUCAGACAAUUCCACUCCUGUCGCGGCCACAUUUCCAUCCACCUUACAACCUAAUUCAUCUGCAGAUGGUGUCAACCAGACCGCCUCUUCGCUGGCCAAAUCCCCUCCUCUUCCUCCUCACUCGCAAGUGGCGUCGGUGUGCAUUGUGUUGGUAGUUGCAGUCAUCAUCUUGGGAACUGUGGUGGGAAACGUGCUGGUGGUGGUGGCUGUUUUCACCAGCCGAGCCCUUAGGGCCCCUCAGAACCUCUUCCUGGUGUCUCUGGCUUCGGCGGACAUCCUGGUGGCAACCCUGGUCAUCCCCUUUUCACUGGCCAAUGAGGUCAUGGGCUACUGGUACUUUGGCUCCACCUGGUGCUCCUUUUAUCUGGCUUUGGAUGUCCUCUUCUGCACCUCCUCCAUUGUCCACCUCUGUGCCAUCAGCCUAGACCGAUACUGGUCCGUCACCAAAGCUGUCAGCUACAACCGCAAACGGACCCCCAAACGGAUUAAAGUGAUGAUCAGCAUCGUGUGGCUCAUAUCCAUCGUAAUCUCCUCCCCACCUCUCCUCAUGUCCCAGAAAGACAGUGACUCUGAGACAGAAGAUGGCCGUGAGAUGAGCAGGCAGGAGUGUCUUAUCAACAACCAGACGUGGUACAUUCUCUCCUCCUGCAUGGUGUCCUUCUUUGCCCCUGGUGUCAUCAUGAUCCUUGUAUACUGUAAGAUCUACCGCGUGGCCAAGCAGAGAGCUUCCACCGUGUUUGUGGCGAAGAAUGUGAUGGAGAGGCAGCCGUCACAAUCCGAGACCUGCUUUGUUGGCGCUGGAGGUACCUGCCAGAGAAAAGGCAAGGCCCAGUAUGAGCCUGAGAGCCCCCUGCCUGGACACCGACGCAACUCCUCUCACGUGGAUAGCAACAGCAGCACUCAUAGAAGAGGAGAGCUGGAUGAUAUUGAUUUAGAGGAGAGGAACUCUGAACCUGAUGUGAAAGAGACAUUUUCCUCAACCCUCCGUUUCCCCCGCAGAGUUGUUGGUAGAGGAAAAACAGAUGAUGGUAAGGACAUUGAAGGAACAGCCAAUAGACUCAAACUUCCUCCUCCUCCACCAUCCUGCGCCUCCAUAUCUUGGGCCUCCUCUGACCAGUGCUCACAGAACCUCCUGCUGCCAUCUCCGCUCCCUGUCCGCAAUAGACAGAUGUCUCUGUCCAAAAACAAGGUGGCACAGAUGAGAGAGAAGCGCUUCACCUUCGUCCUGGCUGUAGUGAUGGGGGUUUUUGUGCUUUGCUGGUUCCCGUUCUUCUUUACAUACAGCCUACAAGCGAUCUGCAGAGAGAAUUGUACCAUUCCAGAAACGUUGUUUGAUCUGUUUUUCUGGAUCGGAUACUGCAACAGCUGCCUGAAUCCCAUCAUUUACACAAUUUUCAACCAGGACUUCCGCAGGGCUUUCAAGAAGAUUCUGUUCCACGUGCAUAAAAAGACAUGAGAGGAUGUGUUUGAACGUACGCAGCUUCAGUCCUGUUCUCCACUGUGCUGUCAAAUCUACA